AUGGCCUUGUCGCGGGUGGACCUUGGAGAAAAUUCUUCGGCACUUCGCCGGAUGCGCCGACUGGGGACUGACAAGCGGCUGAGGUGUAAGGUCAGAAACGUGCAAACGUGGGUAAGCCACCCUGACCGAAGACAACACGUGCACCGAUGGAUAGAGACGGAGGAGCAAAAUCAAGCGAGUUGCGUCAACUCCAAGAAUAAGCAGGCCUCAUCCCCGAAAAAGAACUCAAAACCGUCGACGAUGGAAGAAGCCGCCGUGGAAUUUCUGUUGGAGAGCUUGAAAAAAACUCCUCAUGACCAAGGCAGAUUUGAUCAGAAGCGCCAAGAUCCAGGUCGAGUGGCUCAAGAAGUAUUCGUGCCUCUUUAA